CUUACUUAAUCUCUGCUUUACCCGAACCCCCCCGCGUCCCACUGUGAACUCUUCAACCUCCCCCCGUACCUGACCUCAUUUGUGUUCCAUACCUUCGUUGCCUAACCACUCGUUAUUCCACCUAGCCCUCCACCAUUUAAACACUGCGCAAUAAUCCUCGGCCUUAUAUCAAUCCCGCCUGACUUAUACCUCACCAUACCAGCAAGAGGAACCCGAAAGACAUCACGAGAUCCCAAGGUUUCAGACGACAAGUCCAAGAGCUUGUUGGCCGGACAUUGCUUUGGGGCACGAUGGCCACCAGCAGCAUAUUUGCAAGACGCAUCGUGAAAGAGAUCGGCGAAGUUAAGGCAGAUAAGGAUGCGGGACUCCAAGUGGAAACUCUUGAGGACCAUGACAUGAGCAAACUACGAGGAACCUUUAUUGGACCUCCCGAUACACCCUAUGAGGGUGGCACUUACGACGUCACCAUCUCCGUCCCUACUAACUACCCUUUCAAACCCCCGACGAUCCGGUUCACAACAAAGAUAUGGCAUCCAAAUGUCAGCAGCGUCACGGGCGCCAUCUGUCUUGACACUCUCGGUAAAGCCUGGACCCCGAUCAUGAACCUCAAAUCCGCCCUCCAAUCCCUCCAGCUCCUGCUCAGCACGCCGGAACCCAAGGACCCACAAGAUCACGAAGUGGCGAGCAUGAUGAUCCGGAACCCCGCCGAAUUCGAACACGUCGCACGAGAAUGGGCCGUCAAACACGCCAACGCCCCGCGGAAGGAACGGGGUGAAGGGAGCGGGGGAGCGACCGCUUCGUCAAUCAAACGCAAGGCGCAGCGGUCCAAAGAAAACGAGGAAAAGGCACAGCUGGCUCAGUAUCACAACUACAAUAAAGAUCUCAUUGAUAGAUUUGUUGCCAUGGGCUUUGACGUGCCGUCCGUGGUGGCGGCAUUUGAAUACGUUGGGAUCGACAAAAACGAUGGCCAAGACUAUGAGCUGGAAGAGGCAUACAUGGGGGAUAUAACGGCGAGGCUCUUUGGUGAGGCAUGAAAUUCGGGUGUCCAUCAUCGGUUGGGGGCUCGGAACGUGCUGGAUGCACUUGGUCAGGGCGUUUUUCUCGGGUGAGCUUCGGAGCAGCAUUGCAUCAUCUCAAUCGGUAAAUAUGACCAAAAAUGCUCACUCCUU